GCCUCAGGUCCGCGGCCGCUACAAACUGGCCUGGGCAACAGACAGAGCCGGCGCCAUGGACCUGGCUAUCACGAAGGAGCUGGCCCACGCGGAGAGCCAGCAGGACACAGCCUCACUCAGAAGAGCCUACGAGCUGAUCAAGUCCGCCAACCGCGGCAAGUCCGAAUUUGACCCCUCAGAAAGCUUCAGCCCUGACCUGUUUGUUCUGUGCGCUGAGCAGGCCCUCAAGAUGGGGCAGCCGGAAAUGAGCGAGGACUGUAUUCAGAUGUACUUCAGGGUGAAAGGGCCGGUCACCCAGUUCCUCGGCCGAGCACACCUAUGCAGGGCCCAGCUGUGUGCCCCCAAAUCCUCUGACAACCUGGAGGAGUUUGAGAACUGCGUGACUCAGUACAUGAAGGCUAUAAACUUCGCAAAAGGAGAGCCACGGUACUACUUCCUGGUGUUCAACGCCUCUGUCCUCUACUGGCGAAUGGUGAGGCCUUUCCUGAAGCCGGGCUUCCGCCACCACGUGAUCCCCAGCCUCUUCCAGAUCGUGCAGGUGCUAAAUCAGACUGACGAGGAAGAUAAGGACUGGCGCGCGGAGCUGAUGCUGGAGCUCCUCGAGUGUUACCUGGAGGCUGGCAGGAAGGAGGAGGCGGCCAGGUUCUGCUGCUCGGCCGCACCGUUCAUCAAAGCACACGUGCCCCAGCGGUAUCGACAUCUGUACUCCAUGAUGGUGCGGCAUGAAUUAAUGGAUGAUCAACAGUUACAGGAAGAAAAGAAAAAUUCCAUCAGCCUGUCCAUCUCUUACAACAUUAGCAUACUGAAAGCAAAAUUGAAUAAAAAUGAGUUACCAGAAGAUGUCAGCAGAAUCCUGAAGACGGCCCAUAAGCAUCUGGGUUUCUACAAUCACCAACGCUUUCCUUCCAUCAGAGAGGAAAAGAUGCUCCUGCUCUUUGAAUUGGCUCGUCUCUCCUUGACCUUGAAGUGCGAGGAGAUCUCUGCUGACUGUCUCUCAGACCUGAAGAAAAUGGACAGUCAAGACCCUGGGAAGCUGAUAGAAAUUGAGUGUCUGGAGUGUGAACUGGAAGCUUUGAAACUGGAAAGCAGACUCAAAGUCUACACCCGGGCAGCUGUUGAGGCCCAGCUGAACAUCGUGAAGAGACUGGAUGUGCUGCUGCAGCGUGCGGUCCGCCUGGGGGACGCACGUGUUGUUCACGUGGUGUGUGCCACCCAGUGGGAUGCCUGCCUGCCCCUGUUGCAGCACAACUUGCGGCACCACCUGCGGAAGCCUCUGGGCAGCAUUGCAGAGGUCCUGGAGAAGGUGGACAGCCUCAUGACCCUUCUGCGCUGCCAAGUGCACAUGGAGCUGGCGCACAUUGAGGAGGAUGAGGACCGGCUGGAGCCCGCCAUGCAGCACCUGCAGAAGGCCAUGAGCCUCGACAGCUUGGGCCUCUACCAGGACAGGCUCCAGAUGGCCAUGAACCGGCUGCGCCUGUGUACCAUGCUGUACCAGUCCCCAGAGCGUGCGGAGGACAGAGCCAUCCUGGCCAUCGAGCAGGCCAAGAAAGUUACCCUCAAGGACAGUGUCAGGAAGCAGCGGGCCCUCCUGGUGAACGCGGGGUUGGCCUUGGCGCCUGACACCUUCCAGAUUGUGCUGGACAGUGAGAAUGAGGCUAAAGUGUCCAGUGGGAAGAACAGAGGCCGGUUCACCUGCCUGUUCGCGAAGGCGCGGCACCACAUGAUCAGCGUGGACAAGGCUGCGGGGCACCUGCGGCGCCUGGGACACGAAAAUGACAAAGAGAGGAUAGAGAUCUGGAUGGAGCUCUCCAAGGUUGCCCGGAAGCAGGGUGUGUGGGAUGUCUGUCGGGCAGCGAGCCGCUUCUGUCUGCUCUAUGACAACAUCAAGGCGAGGAAGCCACUGAGGGUGCGGAGAGGGAAGAAGAAGAAAGGUGGGGAGGGGCCCACUCAGGACUGCGGGGCCCUGCCAGAGGCCUCCCUACAGCAGCCGCUGCCAGACCUGCUGCGGGGGUUCGCGGAGGUGGGAUUCAUCAACGCCGAGGCCACUGUCCACUUGCUGCGGUCAGAGGGUGUGGAGCUGAAUGACCCACCUGUUCCUCCUGAGGAUUUGAGCCAGCAUCCAGCUGGCUACGUGCCUGAGGCCCCCGAGACAAGCACAGAAUGGAUCACAUACAGGACCUGGAUAGAAAGCCUGUCGCAGUACGCCAUGAGCAACUGGCUGCGCUCGGCAGAAAUUGGCCAGGAGAUCGGUGAAGCUUGGAUUGUGCAGAACGCCAUGGUCUACAUUCUGAACCACAACCGCCACCUCAUCGAGGCCGGGCGGCAGAAGGAGCUGGUGGAGGCCCUGCACCACCUGCUGAACAUCGUCAGGCACACAGGCCACAAUGGGGAUGUGCAGACCUUGGCUAUGUUGUGCAGUGCCUUGGCACGAGGCCUCAUCAUCAGUUGGAUCCCAACCCAGACACCAGAGAAGUCCAAGAAGCUCGGGCGGCCCAUUGCGCAGCACACCCCGCUGGACUCUGGAGCCACCAAUGAUAUCAGGACGGCGGUGGAGGUCUGCGAGUUUGCCCUGAACCUCAUGGAUGGGAGUGGCCCUGAGGAGGCGGUGUGCAUGAGCACGCGGCAGCAGUUGGUGGCCACCUGGGUGAAGGCCAAGCAGCUACAGCAGCAGCUAGGGCCGCGGCUGGGCCCCGAAGGGCAGAGCAUGCCCGAGGAUGUCAACGCCGUGACCAGAGUGCUCGUGGCCUUAGAAAUGUACUCAUGCAAUGGGCAGGGCCUCCUGGACUUCAGUGUGCCUCCCCUGGCCCAGGUGGUGAAGAUGGCUUCCGAGUGCAGCUGGUUGGACCCCCUGGUAGAGCUGCAGACUCUGACCCGGUUAGCCCACUUUGCCUAUGCGGCCCACGACCACGAGGCCGCCAUGGCCUGCACCCACAGGGCCAUGGAGAUAGGCAUCAAGUACCUACGGAUGCUUGGUCCGGUCGAGGCCCGGCUCAUGGCAGAGAUGCUGAGCACCGCAGCAGGCAUCCAGGGCAGGAGCAUCAUGGAGAACCUGAAGGGCAGGAAGCAAGUGCGGCUGGUGGCGGCCAAGGCCUUCAUGGAGAGUGCCAGGUUUGGGAGCAUUGCGGGCAACAGUGCCCUGGUGAUGCUGGCCGCGCGGCAGUACUGGAAUGCCUGGCUGCCUUUCCUGUCCUCAGCGGUCAGCAGGAAGAAGGCCAAGGGCGCCGUCCAGCGGAUCAUCAACCUCAUCAACAAGACGGAAGCCAAACCGCAGGAGAAGGGCAAAUCGCUGCUCCUGCACCAGUGGCCAACGGCGGACUUCCAGGUGGCGGGGACCCCAGAGGGCAGCUUCCUCCCAGCUGCUGAGGAUGACCUCUCGCUUCGUGUGGCUUUCUAUGGCCUGCUCUUUCACUGCCAUGCGGACCAGGAUGACUGGGAGGGUGGCCUCAAGGUGCUGGACGAGGCUGUGCAGCUGCUGCCACGGACAGCCCACCGCCUCCUGAUUUUCAAGCACAUGGUCAUUGUCAAGGCCAAGCUCGGCCAGAACUUCAUGAUGGAGAUGCAGAAAUUCAAAGACGAGAGUGAAGACUACUUGGCACACAUGUGGCACCGCUUGGCCCAGAACUCGAAGAGCAUGCACGGCCAGCUCACCUGCUACCAGAACGCUGUCCAGGCGCUGCAGAAGCCUGAGAGUGAGUGGCAGAAGGUCGACUACAUCGUGGAGUUCAGCGAGUGGCUGUACAGCAGGCAUUUCCCCGUGGAGGAUGCCGUGCUCCACCUGCGCUGGGCCAUUGACAUCCUGCUGGCCAUGAAGCCAACUGGGGAUGUCCCCACGCGAGAGCCAGAGCCGGGGCUGGACGGGCCAUCCUCAUCCACCCAGGUGGCCCCGGAAAAUCCAGCAGCCGAGGACAUGGAGACGGCGUCCUUGGAAAAGCUGCGGCAUGUGAGGCAGCUGGAGACGCUGGCCCGCACCCAUAUCCUGCUGGCGCUGAUGGUGUCCCCCGGCUCUGCUGACCACAGGGAUGCCUGCCUCAUGGCCUACACCUUCCUGAGGCAUGUCUGGCAGGUUUCCCUGUCAACGGCAGGAAAACUCAUCUCAGAGACCCGGGUUGUGGCCGCGACCAGCUCCCAUGUGCUGCCGUCAAAGAAGGAGAAGGAGGAGGAGAAGGGCAGGAGUGGGAAGCAGCCCCAAGUCCCGGCUCCCAGCAGACAGCUGGAAGAGCUGCCCAGCAGCACUGAGGAGUGGGCCUCUUACUCAUGUCCAGAGGAGCUGUUGGCGGUGUUCAGACAGGACAAGAGCGACUUCACCAUCAACUCCUAUACCAUCCAGAAGCCAACGUACAGUUUGUAUUUCCUGGACCACCUGGUCAAGGCCCUUCGGGAGAUGAACCUGACUCAGCUCGCCGUCCCUGUGCUGCAGCUGGCCGUGCUCAUUGCCAAUGCUGUGGUGGACAGCAAGAGUCUCGCAGACCUCUACCACCUGCGGCUUGCCCAUGUCUGUUCUGCCCUGAGGCUGAAGGAUGCAGCCGCCUUCCACGAGGAGAUGGUGGGCCAGGCGUACAUUGGUGAUGCUGAGCAGGCCAGCUGCAGGAAAGAAAUUGCGCUAAGGAAAGAGAAGAACAAGGAGCCUGUUCUGGAGGAGAACAUGCCCACCCUGCAAGAGCAGACAGCGCACGCCACCCCCACAGCGCCUAGCACCAAGGUCAGGGUGCUUGUGGCCCAGGACAAGAUCCUGAAGGUGCAUGGCGAGUACAGGCGGGGCCUGGAUGGGCUGUGCUUCCCCCAGCUGUGGAUGCUGAAGGCUGAAGUCCUGCUGGAGAUGGCCCUGCUGCAGCCUGCACGGCUGCUCCUGUCCGAGGCUCACCUGGCUCUGCAGGAGCUUGGCGACUCUUGUGCAGAAGCCAAAUGCCUGUUCCUCCUGGCACGGUUAGCCAGCAUGGAGCAGAACCAUGGGCAAGCCAGCAAGAUGCUUGAGAGGGCUCAACAGCUAGGCGGUGAUGAGGAGUUCUGGUACCAGUCCACCUUGGCCUUGGCAGACACUGUCCUGUCUUCGGCGGAUGGCAGAAGAAAACCCCACAUGAGAAACCCGUCGGGCACGGUUUGCCACCUGUUUGAAAACCUCAUUGACACCAUCAACACGCUCAAGACAGAGAGACCCAACCGGAUGCCUCUCCUGGAGUUCAUGACCACUGACCUGGAAGCCAGGUGUGUAAGCCUUCAGAUCCAGGAUGUGCAGGAAGCGGUGGACAGGGAGCCUCCCGGGGUCCUGGUCCUGCUGGACGAGAUGGAGCACCGCCUGCAGGACCUGGAGGAGCGCUUCCUCAGCUGCGGCUACAAGGAGAAGGGAGUGGAGAUCAGGCUGGAGCGAGCACGCGUGAAGAGGCUGUGUGCUGAGAGGGAGGAGGACGAGCAGCGGAAGACAGAGUACCACCUGGCUGCCUUCUACCUGGUGCAGAGGGCCGUGGCUGAGGAGGAGGAAAUGUUCUACACUGUCCAGGGUCUACUGGCGCUGCAGGAGUUGCAGAAUGUCAACACACCGCUGAUGAGGAGGCUGGCAAGCCUCAAGCUCCGCCUGGUGGAGGUGUCACUGGACAUGCUGCAGCUCACCUGGGAGAAGGCACUGGAAAGGCAGCUGGAGCAGGGCUCGCUGGACAAGCUCCUGGCUGACUACCUGCACUGUAACGGUGACUACACCUGCAUCGACCUGCAAUGGAUCCUGCUGAAGCGGACCCUGGCACACACAUCACUGGUACAACUAGAGAGUGCACUGCCACUGUGCGUGGGCUGCGGGGACAUCCGCUCACAGCUCUUGGGCCUGGCCGGGAGGGCCCUGCACCUGCUGGCUGUGCAGGCAGACCCCAUGCAUCCCGCCUGCUACUGGGAGGAGGCCUUGCAGGUCAGUGCUAAACUGAGCAGCCCACGCUCUCUGGUGCCAGAAGUGAUGGGCGAAGUGACUGGAGACUCAAACAGGGACCUGCCGGCUUUCCGAACCGGUGCUGAGGAGCUCGGCCAGAGAGGCGAGACACUGAAGCGGAGACUGGUGCUGGCCCAGCGGCUCCGGGCCCAAGCGUCUGAGCUGCUGCUGCAGUGCCUACAGGCUGCCCUGGGCAGUGGCCUCCUGGGUGUGGCAGCCGCAGCCGGCCUGGAGAUGGUGGAGUGUGUCGGCACACUGGACCCCGUGGCCGCCUGCCAGUUUCUGGCGCUGUCUCAGAGCUGCUCCGCCUCAGAGACCAUGCGGGACAUCCUGCUGACAGCUGUGGCCAGCACCAGCAGCUCCCAGCUGGCAGCCCUGCUUCGACUGCACCAGCAGCUGAGACAGGCUGACGGGGCCUCUGCCAGCCUGCUGGCCAGUGUGGAGCAGAGGCUGGCAGCUGUCGCCAAGGCUUGGCAGAACCUCUGUGUCACUGAACAGCAUUUUGGCCUCUUGAGCGAGAUCCCAUCCACCUUCCGGCUGCUGUUCCUGCAUCACUCCCGGGACAGGUCGCGUCUUUACGGGGCUGUCUACGAGAGGCCCAAGGCUCUUCCCGCUGCCAAGGGGAAAGCAGCACAAGUGGGCGGCCACUGCAAGGUGUUGCGGGUGGCAGUGAGCCCCACUGCUCUCUCCGAGCUCCUGGCCAGAGCCCGGCACUUCCGCGAGCAGAGCCAGGCGCUCAGUGUAGACUCGGCCCUGAGAGCCCACCUGGAGCUGGACCCUGUGCACACUGAAGACGGCCGGUGCGCUGCGGCGCGGCUAGACGCAGUGCUGAGGCCCAUGGAGGAGUACCUGAGGCCGCUGCUGCCCCUGCUCAGCAGCCUUGAGCUCAGGCUCCAGCCACCUGUGGUGGUGCCGGACUCAGGGAGGCUGAAAGGCAAGGACAGGGACAGGAAGAUGUCGACGCUGCAGAGUGAGUGGCCGGCUCAGCCCGAGGCCGUGGAGCACCUGGUCCUGCUGGUGGACAGGCCGCUGCUGGAGCUGCCCCUGGAGGGUCUGCCGGCCCUGCGGGAUGCAGGCGUGACCUCGGUGUCACGGGACCUCUCACUGCACAUGCUGAGCAACCGCCUCCGCCUGGACGAGGCAGUGGAAGCAGGCAUAAAGAGAGAGGACAAGAGCAAAGAUUUCAGAAAGAAAACCUCCUCCAAGAAGGGCACGAAGGCCAGUGUACACCGGGUCCUGCCCCCAGAAUGCAUUGCGGUCGACUCGGACACCUUCCAGUACGUGGUGGACCCCUACGAUGAAGCCCAGGGCGUAGAAGCUCUGAGCCCUGUAUCCGUGACCCGGGAAAUCCUGGAGAGGUUCCAAGACUCAAUGACAGCGAAGUGGACAGGGCACCUGGGCAGGAAGCAGUUCCCCAGCCAGGCUGAGUGGGAGCAGGUGCUGGGCAGCUGCGGAGGCUUCCUGUUCUAUGGGAUGGAGUGCUUCCUGUCACACUUGUCUGUGGAGAGGCUGGUGGCCAUGAACCUGCAGGGGUGCCAGGUGAUGGUCUUGCUAGACCUGACCCAGUCCUCAGACAGCCUGCGGCGCCACACGGAGGCCUCGGAGCACAAGAGCGUGGCGCAGCUGUCCCUGGAGGAGCCCGUGGACACGGCCAUCCUCCUGAGCCUGGUGGGCGUCAAGAGCAUCCUGGCCAACCAGUGGCCGACCUCGCUGCAGGACAACGCGCUGCGGGCCAGAGCUCUGUGGGAAGGCCUGCUGGCCGGCAAGCCGCUGGGGAAGACGGUGCGUCUGCUGCAGGAGGCGGCCAGCAGCCCGAGGCCGGGCCCAGACGAGGCCCCCCGCACCUCCUGGGACAGGCUGAUGUUCCUCUGGCCGCAGCAGCCCGGCGCCGUGCUGCUCCCCACCGCCCUCAACCUGGUCCUGUACGGGCUGCCGCACCAGGUCAUCUGGUGACGGGCCACGCCCACGCCCUGGCCC